GUGGGAGCCGGGGGUCGGGGGUCCCGGGGGCGGCGUCGCGCUUCGGCGCCGCUUGCUGCCUCGGGGGCUUGGCGGCGGCGGAGGGGGCGCCGCGGAGGGGCCUUCCCGGCGGGCGAGCCACGGCGUGGGCAGCCCCGCCCCGGUGCCCCGCGUCGCGCUCCGGCCCUGCGCGCUGGCGACGCCCCCGCACGGACCUCGUGUCGGCGUUCAAGGCUCCGGGCCUCGCGCGCCGCGCCGGGCUUCAGGCUCCUCCGGUUCCCGCCGGGGCCCCGCGCGCCUGGCCUGUGCCGUUCGUCCUGGGCUUCUCGCCCGUCCGGAGGCGCCUGCGGUGCCGACCAUGGAACGGACCCGUUGAAACAAACAAACAACCAGACGAGGUUCGGAUCCGAGAUCGGGUUGAUGGCUCAAGCUCCUUCCGUCCGCACGAGGGUCCCACCUGGGAGAAGAUCCCGGCCCUAGGGGAGGCCCAGACACGAUGGAGAUCCACCCAGAGCCCGGGAAACCCUCAGACGACCAGAGUGCCAAGUGGGCAGCUGAGCCUUGAGUGAGCUCGGGCUCUAGAGUGCGUCAGGAAGGACUCCUUGGCAGAAGGUGACAGUCACGUGGCUGUGCCCUAGGCUUAUCCAGUGGGGCCCCUCCAUGAACCUGCAGGUGCCCUGAUGGAGCCCCAGCCUUGCCUUCGAAGCUUGGCUGAGGGCUUCCUGGCGGAGGAGCUGCGGCUCAAUAAUGAACUGAGCCAACUGCAGUUCUCAGAGCCUGUGGGCAUCAUCUACAAUCCUUUGGAGUAUGCGUGGGAGCCACACCACAGCUACGUGACCCGCUACUGCCGGGGCCCCAAGGAAGUGCUCUUCCUGGGCAUGAACCCCGGGCCCUUUGGCAUGGCUCAGACUGGGGUGCCCUUCGGGGAAGUGAACGUAGUCCGGGACUGGUUGGGCAUUGGGGGGACUGUGUCGACCCCGGCCCAAGAGCACCCGAAGCGCCCAGUGCUGGGACUGGAGUGCCCUCAGUCAGAGGUGAGCGGUGCCCGGUUCUGGGGCUUUUUCCAGAACCUCUGUGGACAGCCCGAGGUCUUCUUCCGUCACUGUUUUGUCCACAAUCUAUGUCCUCUGCUCUUCUUGGACCCCAACGGGCGCAACCUCACCCCCGCCGAGCUGCCGGCCAAGCAGCGAGAGCAGCUUCUUAGGGUCUGUGACGCAGCGCUCUUCCGGCAGGUGCAGCUGCUGGAGGUGCGGCUGGUGGUGGGCGUGGGGCGGCUGGCGGAGCAGCGGGCGCGGAGGGCGCUGGCCGGCCUGCUGCCCGAGGUCAGGGUGGAGUGGCUCCUGCACCCCUCCCCCCGGAGCCCGCAGGCCAACAGGGGCUGGGAGGCAGCGGCCAAGGACAGACUGAGUGAGCUGGGGCUGCUGCCGCUGCUCACGAGGUGAGGGCCCCUGCGGCCCCACGUCACCCGGGAGCCGGCAGAGGACCGCAGGCCCCGGGCCGGAGCAGCCAGGCCCCUGGGCUCCCUGCUUGCUGGGACCUGCCGCCGCAGGUUUGACACUACUGCUUGCUCCCCCUUCCUUUGAGCGUUGUUGCCUCUGGUCCUGUGGUAAGAGCGGCACGGGGACUUGGCAUCUGCUCACCUCACGGGUUCCUCGGGCGCCUCUGGUCGGUGACGGUGGCCUGAACAGUGACCUGUGGAGCCGUCUUUGCUGUGAUGGAGACCCUGCCAGGACCCCCACCCGUCCUCACAGAACAGCCUCCUUCAAGCUGAGCCUUUUCCUCCGAGGGGCUGGAACAAAGCGAAAGACACGGAUGUGAAGAGCGAACUUCUUACGGGAGACUGAGGCUGGAUCAGAGGAAGAAUUCAGCGUGGCGGGAGCCACGGGGCGGGCGGGCGGACACGGACCAGAAGACCUGGAUUUUCAUCUCGGCUUUGAGACUUUAUAACUUUGGAUAAACUGAGGAACCUCUCCAAGCUGAGGAUCCUCGUCUGUAAGAGGGGGAUCCCCGCUCCGUGGCGUUGGUGGGGAUUAAGUGAGAAAACACUUGGAAGUGCCUUGGCGCAGUGCCUGGUGGGUGGGUGCUCCUUACACCUCUUGCUUUCUUGCCUCUUGGUGGGGGCAUCACUACACCGCACUACAGAGGGCGCCCCCCACCCUGAAGCUCUUGCUGGGUGAGGGGCAGAUCCUCCCCCUACCAGGGGUGGACCAAUAACUAUGAAAAACCCAGCCUCUGGUUUUUCAGCCCAAGCAUUAAAAACUCCUCAACCUGGGCAGCUGGGUGGCUUGGUUCAGCGGCUGCCUUCAGCUCAGGUCGUGAUCUUGGGCUCCCCACUCAAUGGGGAGCCUGCUUCUCCUUCUUUCUUUGCCCCUCUCUCUUCUCUCUCUCUCUCAUAAAUAAAAUCUUUAAAAGAAAAAACCCAGCUCCUAAACCCUUUUGUGUUGUCGUUUUCCCCCCUCCUGCAUGUCUGGGAUGGAAGUGGUAGCUUAGUUUUUCCCUUCUCUUACCUCUACUCCGUGUGCAAAGAGUUCCCCUGGGUAUCUGGGGAGAUGACGUAAACAGGCCUCUGAUUGUUUUACCAGAGCCUAAGGGGCUCCGUGGGUCUGUCUGCUACUGGGGCCCUGUGGGGAGCAGGUGAUGGGUGGAUGGAGCCUGCGGUCUCCACCUAACUCAUUUCUUAGGUCUGCUGGAUGACUGGUUGGCGUGCCCUAAAACGGGGCUGGGAAGGUGAAGCAAACUGGUAAUAGAGUGGGUCUUGGGACCCUCGUAAUGAGGAACACAUGGUUGGACUCCAGCUCCCAAGACAGGUCAUCUUCAGCUUUCAGAAUUCAUAAGACUUUUAGUAUAGGGGUGCCUGGCUGGCUCAGAGGAGCCUGAGACUGUAGAUCUUGGGGUUUUGAGCUGGAGCCCCAUGUGGGGUGUAGAAAAAUAUAAAAAGACUUUUUUUACUGUAAGUGUCCCCCAUUUGUAUAAUAAAGAACUUGACUGGC